UCCCUUGGCAACGUGUGCUAUGUUAAAUAUGACAGGGCAAUUGACGUGCCAUCCACCUGCAGAACUCAUCCAGUCGUCCCUGACCGACAUUGAGGACGCUAUCGCAAGAUGGGUGACAACGAGCUGAAGUUCCAGUCCCGUAGAUCGUGUGUUGUCAGCAAACAUGGAAGUGUGGCGAGCAGCCAGCCCUUAGCAUCACAGAUCGGGCGAGAUGUACUGAAGUCGGGUGGAAAUGCUGCUGAUGCAGCCGUUGCCAUGGCAGCAGCCCUGAAUGUGACUGAGCCAAGCUCAACUGGAAUUGGUGGAGAUGCAUUUUGUCUCUUCUAUGACGCCAGAUCAAAAACAGUGAAAGGUUUGAAUGGCAGUGGGCGUGCACCAUCAGCCUUGACUGUGGACCGUUUGAAAGGUGAAGGGUACAGCAAAGAUCAUCGUUUCCCGGUUACUCACGCACAUGCUGUUACUGUUCCUGGAGCUGCAGCAGCAUGGGUUGACACAGUGGAGAAAUUUGGCAGCGGCAAGCUGACGAUGACACAAAUCCUGGCACCAGCCAUUGACCUGGCAGAGAAUGGAUUCCCAGUACAGAAGUGUACAGCAUACUUCUGGAACAAAGGUUCCCAUCUCCUAACUGAUCCCUCCAACAAACAUGGCAGUGAUCUGCUUUUGAAUGGUGAAGCUCCAAAACAUGGCGACCUCAUGAAGAUGCCAAACUUAGCCAAGACAUUCAGGGCCGUAGCUGCUGAUGGAAAGAAAGGCUACUAUGAAGGACGAGUGGCUCAGUCUUUGGUUGAUGUCAUCCAACAACAUGGGGGAGCUAUGACCCUAGAUGACCUGAAGAGCCAUGUGACCACCUUCGAGGAGCCAAUCAGUGUUGACUAUCGAGGGUGUCGGGUGUGGGAGAUACCUCCCAGUGGUCAGGGAAUAGUGGCUCUGAUGGCUCUCAAUAUACUGGAGGGCUUUGAUCUUAAAAGCAAGGGACAUAACUCUGCUGAGUACCUUCACCUCCUUAUCGAGGCCCUAAGGCUGAGUUUUGCCGACACCCAGUGGUACUGUGCCGACCCCUCCAAGGUCAGUGUCCCCAUACAGGAGAUGAUCAGCAAGCAGUAUGCAGGCAAGAGGAGACAACUUAUUAGUGAAACUAGGGCUAUGGCUGAUAUAGAGCGGGGUAGCCCAACCACCGGCAGUGACACUGUGUACUUCACCGCUGUUGACUGUGACGGCAAUGCUUGCUCCUUCAUCAACAGCAACUACAUUGGCUUUGGCACUGGAUUAGUCCCUGAAGGGUGUGGCUUCACACUACAGAACCGUGGAGCAGGAUUUUCCCUGGACCCCACGCAUCCCAACUGUAUAGCCGGAGGGAAGAGACCAUACCACACUAUCAUCCCGUCCAUGGUGACGUCACCGGACACUGGUGAGCUGCUGUGCACCCUGGGUGUGAUGGGCGGCUACAUGCAGCCUCAAGGACAUGUGCAGGUGCUUCUCAACAUGCUGGAGUUCCACAUGGACCCACAGGAGGCCCUGGACCAACCCCGCUUUGUCAUCGGAGGAGGAUACGGACUGUCACCAAUCAUAGACAUGGAAGAUGGAAUAUCGGAGGAAACCCUGGAGAAACUCAAGAAUAUGGGUCAUCCAAUAGGAGGACCAGUCCAAGGUCAUGCCCGGUCAAAGUUUGGAAGAGGUCAGGUUAUCACCCGUGGCAACUGGUGGCAGUCAGGAAGUGGACAAAGCAACAAUGCAUUGUGGUCUGGAUCGGAUCCUAGAGCAGAUGGACAAGUGGCAGCUUACUGAGAAUGUGCAAGAAGAACAAACUGUCUAGUCUAUAAUGUGUAUGAAACAGCAAUCUUCAAAAUCCAAAUUGAAAUGUUAGGCUAUCAAAUUUUGCCAAGUGCCUAUGUUAGAAAAUCAAUAAUGAUGAUGCAUAUGAAUUUGUUAUGUUUCCAUAUACGUUAUGUUAAUAAUAUUUUAACAGGUUUUACAAAGACUUUAUGAAAUUUGCCAGAAGGUUACACAUGAUUUCUAAGUUUUACAAAUAACAAAUAGUGUCAAGAACCAAAACACAUUUCGACAGUCUGUCUCAGCAGUGAAAAUUAACCAGAAGUUAUAGCGUAUGUAAAUCAGUCAAAUAAAACACUGAAAUUCUAUCAGGUUGUAAGAUAUCUCUCACAUUAGAUCAAAUGACUUUGGUCUCAGGAAUGUGUUGCUCUGCUUAAAAAAUAGAUCCUGUGAUUGUCCAUGAUAGACAGGAUCUGCCUGAAUACUAUCAAGAAUGUGUUGUUUACCAGAACAGAAUGGUAUCAAAUGGAACUUAGACAUCAGUAUUAGUUUACCUGGUGAUGUUUGAAACUGUCCGCUAGAGGCCAUGCAUGUGAGUUGUAGACAGACACAAUCUCAUCUACUUUAUCCUAGGUCUAUGUGACAAGGAAACCUAAUGUCAUUGGAUUACUAGUAUUUGUUUUGCAUCCCCAUCUGUAACAUUAUAUACAUAAGACAUCUACAAAA